AUGGAGCUAAAAGACUAUGGGAAUAAAUCCACUGUCACUCGGAUUAUCCUUAUGGGAUUUGGAGAUCUCCAGCAUUUGCAGAUUCCUCUCUUCCUGUUCUUCCUCGCAGUUUACAUUGUGACUCUGUUGGGGAACCUCAUCCUCAUUGUCCUGGUGGUGACAGACCAGCACCUUCACACCCCCAUGUAUUUCUUCCUGGGCAAUCUGUCAUCCUUAGAGAUCUGUUACAGCUCUACCAUUGUGCCCAGGUUACUGAAUACGCUAGUGACUGAUGAUGAAACAGUUUCACUCAGCAGCUGUUUAGUGCAAUAUUUCUUCUUUGCAUUUCUAUUAGCGACAGAAAGCCAUUUGCUCUCUGUCAUGUCUUAUGACAGGUAUGUAGCGAUAUGCAAACCACUGCAUUAUGCAACCCUUAUGAGCUCCAGCAUCCGUAUCCGGCUCGCAACCAUUGCAUGGAUCAAUGGUCUAACAACCAGUGUGAUAUUGCAGUUUUUCAUCUCACAGUUAGUUUUCUGUGGCCCCAAUGAAAUUGACCAUUAUCUUUGUGAUAUUGAUCCUCUGAUCAAACUCUCUUGCAGUGAUACCAGCCAGGUGGAGCUUGCAACUGUUAUUCUGGGAUUCAUAUUCACCAUGCCUCCUUUAUUUCUAACUCUUGCAUCGUACACGUCCAUACUGUCCACCAUCUUCAGAAUCCCAUCCAGCACAGGGAGGAGAAAGGCCUUUUCCACUUGUUCCUCUCACUUGAUCAUGGUUUCCUCCUUUUAUUUGUCUAUGAUGAUUGUGUAUAUGCUUCCAAAGAAUGAAGACAUGAGAAGAAUAAACAAAAGCUUGUCUCUCUUGUACACAGUCCUUCCACCUCUGGUGAAUCCUUUCAUAUACAGUCUCAGAAAUCAGGAUGUAAAGGAGGUUCUUUUCAGGAAGCUUGUGACCUUCAGUACAAUACAGAUAUUUCCAGCUAAAGUUUGUAGUGUGAGACAAAAAUAA